CUCAUUCUUCAAGGUCACAAAACCAGGUUGAUGCUGCAUCUUUGUCAGAGCCAGAAAGGCCUUUGAAACUUUGGAUUACUGCCUCUCCUUGCUCAGAGCCCUCUCCUUUCUGCCUCAUUGUUUCUGGAGGCCACCGUGCAGCGUCCCCUCGCCUCCAAUGGCGUUCAAGGCGAAAGGGUUCUUCAAGGGCAUCAAGGUCAUCUCCCGGAUGUUUGCGGCGAAGGAGCACGAGAUGGAGAUCGGUUAUCCGACGGACGUGAAGCACGUAGCGCACAUCGGCUGGGAUAGCGCGGCGGGCAAUGCAUCUCCGAGCUGGAUGAACAACAUCAUGGCUGCCCCCGACAUCUCGUCGCUGGGCAACUUCGCAGCAUCAACAGGGACCUCCUGGGCUUCUCAAGAUUUCGACCCGCAGCCAUUGGGCACACCGGCUUUCGGCGCGGUUGCAGAGAGCACCGGCCGGCAGGACACGGCUACGUGCCCGGACGUUCCAAAGCCGCCGAGGAAGGCGAGGGGGAAGAAGCCGGAGGACGGUUCACCGGCGGCGCCGCCGACGUCCACGGACGAGUUGGCGCCGCCACCGCCAGCAGCCGCCGAGGCUGAGGCUGCCGUCGGCGUUGCUGCAGAUGGCACGCAAUGAUCCAAAACCGUGUUCCGGUCUUCCGUGUUGUUGUGUUUGUGUAGGAAAUGGUACAACGACUGUUUGUCUCGACUUUGUUUUACUGGGAUUGGAUUGCAGAUGAAAAUGGAAUGAAUGCAACGGAAUGGAGUGUCACAAACUGUUUCCCCCGGAACUGGGCAUUUUAUCGUUUC